AUGCGGUCUCUCUUCGGCUUCCUCACUGUGCUUGCCACCGUCACCGUCGGAACAGCCGCCUUGGAAGCUUCAGUGAUUUCUUUUGGCUCAAAAUCCCAAGGGCAAGGCUUGAAGCCUCCAGUCACGUCGAGCGCCACUCUUCAACGCUUAUUGGAGCUUCGAUCCAAAUCAUUCACCACGUCAGCGUUAGAUGGAUCAGAUGAAAGCAGCAUCGAUUUCUUAGGUAGAUUGGCUGGAACUCCAGGCCAACUAUUCGGCGCGCCAGUUGCCGAAGGGGAAUUGGAUAAAAUCACGGUCAUAUUGGAAGGGCUAGAUAAAGAAGUCGAAUCUUCAAUCCGCAAUGAAUAUACAAAUGAAUUGGUGACUUCUAGAUUCGCUACAGAUUCAGCAGGAGAUAAUUUCAUCGACUACCUUUUAGAAAAUCGCCCUGACGGCAUAGUCAGCCCAGAAAGCAAGCACUGCUCGUUCUACAACGACGGCAAUGGUUACUUCCAAACAAAUGAGGAUUUCCUACAAUUCUGUAUUCCAGAAAACUUUGGUUCACAAAAGUUCAGUCGCAGUUUUGAUAGCCAGCUUCUUAGCCAGGCUAGCAUGGGCGAAUUGUGGCUCAAUACUCGCAAGGGAACUAUGGUCGUACGCAUUUCAUUUGAGUCCAAGGCUUCCUCGGCCUAUCUACACAGCCUGAAACCCCUUUUCUCUGAGCUACAUUCACAUUCACUGAAUGGCAAGACAGCAACAGCAGUAGUCCUGCCUUACUCGAAAGCAAGGCCCAAUUCUGCAUAUUCAAGGCGAUCGCCGCACGUUACGAGGGCCGCUGCCACUGCCAGUUUAGCCAGGGACACCCAGCCCAUAGUCUUUGAGCAACGAGCAGAUAUCCCGCUGUCCCUUGCGCCCGUCUGCUACGCAUCGAACUCAUCUUGCAAUGAAGCAACAAACACCUGUUCGGGGCAUGGUACCUGCUACGAGAAAUCCGGCGACUGCUACGCCUGUCGCUGCCACGACACUUACGUUAAGACAGAAAGUGGGGUGGAGCAAAAGGUCCGAUGGGGUGGCGCUGCUUGUCAGAAAAGGGACAUCAGUUCCCCUUUCUUUUUGAUUACGGGCGUCACUAUAGCUAUCAUGGCGGUGGUGAGUGCUGCUGUCGGAAUGAUAUUUCGCGUCGGGAACACUGAAUUGCCAGGCGUCAUCGGUGCUGGUGUUGGGCCCGGCAAAACACAGAAGUGA